UUAAUUGUCAAUGGUUUAAGUUAGUCAUUACACAAAUGGACAACAUGGUGCAUUAUGGUGUAAGCUACAUUAGGAGCAUAUUUUCACAAUUAAGAAUGCAUGACUUUGAAAAGCUCCAAACGUGUGUGAUUUAUCCAGGGGCGGACUGACCAUUUGGAAACUUGGGCACUGCCCGAGGGCCCGGGAUGCCCCUGGUACCUUUUUCAUAGGCUUUUUUGAGUUUGGGCAAGGACACAGGGGCCCCAUGAUCCCUUAUUGCCCGGGGG